GGAAGUCGGCCAGGGAGCUGGUGGCAGCAGCGGGGCCACCGAGCGGGGCCAGACGGACGGCGGCGCCGGCUCGCAGUGCAGGGGCCUCAGCUCCCCUCGGUGGCGCGUCGCUCCUGGGGUGGCCGCCGGCCCGGCCCCGGGAAGGCCCGUGGCCGCCAUGGUCCCCUGCUGGAACCAUGGCAACAUCACCCGCGCCAAGGCCGAGGAGCUGCUGUCCAGGACGGGCAAGGACGGGAGCUUCCUCGUGCGCGCCAGCGAGUCCAUCUCCCGGGCCUACGCGCUGUGUGUGCUGUACCGGAAUUGUGUUUACACAUACAGGAUCCUGCCCAAUGAAGAUGAUAAAUUCACUGUCCAGGCAUCCGAAGGUGUCCCCAUGAAGUUCUUCACCAAGCUGGACCAGCUCAUCGAGUUCUACAAGAAAGAAAACAUGGGUCUGGUGACCCACCUGCAGUAUCCUGUGCCCCUGGAGGAGGAGGAUGCAGGUGAUGAGCCAGAGGAGGAGACAGAAGGUGUCCUGUCUCCACCGGAGCUGCCACCGAGGAACAUCCCCGUAUCUGCCGGGCCAUGUGAGGCCAAGGAGGUCCCUCUGUCCAGCGAGAAUCCGAGAGCCCCCGAGGUCAGCAGGCCAAGCCUUUCGGAAACAUUGUUUCAGCGGCUGCAGACCAUGGACACUAGUGGGCUUCCAGAAGAGCAUCUUAAAGCCAUCCAAGAUUAUUUAAGCACUCAGCUCGCCCUGGAUUCUGACUUCGUGAAGACGGGCUCCAGCAGCCUCCCUCAUCUGAAGAAACUGACCAUGCUUCUGUGCAAGGAGCUCUAUGGCGAAGUCCUCCGGACCCUCCCCUCCCUGGAGUCUCUGCAAAGGCUGUUUGACCAGCAGCUCUCUCCUGGCCUCCGUCCACGGCCUCAGGUGCCUGGUGACGCCAAUCCAAUCAACAUGGUGGCCAAGCUCAGCCAACUGACAAGUCUACUGUCCUCCAUUGAAGACAAGGUCAAGGCCUUGCUGCAUGAAGGCGCUGAGUCUCCCCACCGGCGGUCCCUCAUCCCUCCAGUCACCUUUGAGGUGAAGUCAGAGUCUCUGGGGAUUCCUCAGAAACUGCAGCUCAAAGUCGAUGUUGAGUCUGGGAAACUGAUAAUUAAGAAGUCCAAGGACGGUUCUGAGGACAAGUUCUACACCCACAAUAAAAUCCUACAGCUCAUCAAGUCUCAGAAGUUUCUGAACAAGUUGGUGAUUUUGGUGGAAACCGAGAAGGAGAAGACCCUGCGGAAGGAAUAUGUUUUUGCUGACUCCAAAAAGAGAGAAGGCUUCUGCCAGCUUCUUCAGCAGAUGAAGAAUAAGCACUCGGAGCAGCCUGAACCAGACAUGAUCACCAUCUUCAUCGGCACCUGGAACAUGGGUAACGCCCCCCCUCCCAAGAAGAUCACGUCCUGGUUUCUCUCCAAGGGGCAGGGAAAGACACGGGAUGACUCUGCUGAUUACAUCCCCCAUGACAUCUACGUGAUCGGCACCCAGGAGGACCCCCUGGGAGAGAAGGAGUGGCUGGAGAUACUCAGACACUCCCUGCAAGAAAUCACCAGCAUGACUUUUAAAACAAUUGCCAUCCACACCCUCUGGAACAUCCGAAUUGUGGUGCUGGCCAAGCCGGAGCAUGAGAACCGCAUCAGUCACAUCUGCACUGACAAUGUGAAGACGGGCAUUGCCAAUACUCUGGGGAACAAGGGAGCUGUGGGGGUGUCGUUUAUGUUCAAUGGAACGUCUUUGGGAUUUGUUAACAGCCACUUGACUUCCGGAAGCGAAAAGAAACUCAGGCGAAACCAGAACUACAUGAGCAUUCUCCGGUUUCUGGCUCUGGGCGACAAGAAGCUAAGCCCUUUCAACAUCACUCACCGCUUCACCCACCUCUUCUGGCUCGGGGAUCUGAACUACCGCGUGGAGCUGCCCCCCUGGGAGGCAGAAGCCAUUGUCCAGAAGAUCAAGCAGCAGCAGUAUGCAGACCUCCUAUCCCACGACCAGCUGCUCAUGGAGAGGAAGGAGCAGAAGGUCUUCCUGCAUUUUGAGGAGGAAGAAAUCACGUUUGCGCCCACCUACCGUUUUGAAAGACUGACUCGGGACAAGUAUGCCUACACUAAGCAGAAAGCCACAGGGAUGAAGUACAACCUGCCUUCCUGGUGUGACCGAGUCCUCUGGAAGUCAUACCCGCUGGUGCAUGUGGUGUGUCAGUCUUAUGGGAGCACCAGUGACAUCAUGACCAGUGACCACAGCCCAGUUUUCGCCACAUUUCAGGCAGGAGUCACCUCCCAGUUCGUCUCCAAGAACGGCCCCGGGACUGUCGACAGCCAAGGGCAGAUUGAGUUUCUCAGGUGCUUCGCCACGCUGAAGACCAAGUCCCAGACCAAAUUCUACCUGGAGUUCCACUCGAGCUGCUUAGAGAGUUUCGUCAAGAGUCAGGAAGGAGAAAAUGAAGAAGGAAGUGAAGGGGAGUUGGUGGUGAAGUUUGGCGAGACCCUUCCAAAGUUGAAGCCCAUCAUCUCUGACCCCGAGUACCUGCUAGACCAGCACAUCCUGAUUAGCAUUAAAUCUUCCGACAGCGACGAAUCCUAUGGCGAGGGCUGCAUUGCUCUACGGUUAGAGGCCACGGAAACUCAGCUCCCCAUCUACACACCUCUCACCCACCACGGAGAAAUGACGGGCCACUUCCGGGGGGAGAUUAAGCUGCAGACUUCCCAAGGCAAGAUGAGGGAGAAGCUCUACGACUUUGUGAAGACUGAGCGAGAUGAGUCCAGUGGGCCCAAGUCCCUGAAGAGCCUCACCAGCCACGACCCCAUGAAGCAGUGGGAACCUGCCAACAGGGUCCCUCCAUGUGGUAGCUCCAGCAUCACUGAAAUCAUCAACCCCAACUACAUGGGGGUGGUGCCCUUUGGGCACAUGAUGCAGUCCCUGUCCCCUGACCAGCAGCCCACAGCCUGGAGCUAUGACCAGCCGCUCAAGGACUCCUCCCUGGGGCCUGGAAGGGGAGAGAGUCCCCCAACACCACCCUCCCAGCCACCCAUAUCCCCGAAGAAGUUUUCAUCCUCGAUAGCAACGCGGGGCCCCUGCCCCAGGACGCAGGAGUCAAGGCCCUGCGACUUGGGCAAGAACUCCGCAGAACCUUCCCCUCAAGAGGACGUGCAGCUGACCAAGCCCGAGAUGUUUGAGAACCCGCUUUAUGGGUCCGUGAGUUCUUUCCCUAAGCUGCUUCCCAGGAAAGAGCAGGAAUCGCCCAAAAUGCUGAGGAAGGAGCCCCUGCCCUGCCCGGACCCAGGAAUCCUGUCGCCCAGCAUCCUGCUCCCCAAAGCCCAGGAGGCCGAGGGCACCAAGGGGACAGGCAAGCCGGCGCCCACGCCCUUCCUCAGCCCCACGCCCCGGCUCCGCUCCUUCACCUGCUCGUCCUCCGCCGAGGGCCGGCCGGCGGGCGGGGACAAGAGCCAGGGGAAGGCCAAGGCCGCCGCCAGCCUCCAAGCCCAGGUGCCCGCCAAGAGGCCCGUCAAGCCCUCCAGGUCGGAACUGAGCCAGCAGGCCCCGCCCCCGCCCCCUGCGGCGCAGCGGCCACCCCUCCCGGUCAAGAGCCCCGCCGUCCUGCACCUGCAGCACUCCAAGAGCCGUGACUACCGCGAGAACGCAGAGCUGCCCCACCACGGCAAGCACCGGCCGGAGGACGCGCCGCUCAGCCGGGCGGCCAUGCAGUAAAGCCCCUGGUGAGCUGCCAGCAAGACAGGAGCCCAGAGGA